ACUGUGGGCAGGACCAAGGGAUGCAAUAAACACAGGUUGCUUGUCUCCAUCUGCCCUGCAAAAGUUCUCAGUGGCCGUCACCUCCUGAGGUGCUGCCCUGUGCCUGCCCCCCAGCUGGCUGUGCCUCCUGGCUCUACCCUGGGACCAGCACUGCAGGCACUGGGGUGCAGGAGGUGAUGAAAUGAGGGUGAGGAGAGGCAAUGUCCUGCCCAGCUUUGCCUGGUUGGAGCACUGUACACAAGGGUUGGUACAUUCCUAUCAAGGGCUGAGCAAGGAGCAGAGUUGUAGUUCCACAUCCAAGGAUUUAUUGCCCAUGGAUGCCUGGGAAGAGAGCAGGGUGCUCAGUGCACGAGUGACCCCAGGUGCUCCCCAUCCCCACCGUUAUCCCAGCUGAGAGCUGCCCAUGGCAGCCUCGGACAGGGCAUUGCCCUGCGUGGCAUCACAGCCAGGGUGCCCAGGGCAGGAUUUAAUGCUAUCACUGCACUUCCUCUUGUCCCUGCAUCCGUCUGUGCCCCAAGCCCUUGUGUGCCCAGCAGGCACAGGGCCUUGUGCCAAGGAGGUGACCCGAGCCCAAGCCGCGGCCUUUGCACUCGACAGAGAUGUGGUGACACACCCCUCCACACACCCUGCUAGGGCUGAUCCCUGUCCAAAGUCCCUCCCACAGCUGCUGGAUUUACAGACACUGCCAGCAGCGUUGGCCUGUCAGAUCUCAGCAUGCAGCUCCUGGCAUCCCUCAGCCUCUGCCUCUGCGCAGGGCUCGGCGCCGCUGUCAUUCCAGGUGGGCACAAGGACGGGGCUGGGGCCCGGCUGGCUGCGGUGGGUGCCCAGGGAAGCAGGGUGUCAGCCUGGCUGGCCACAAGGAGGGCCUGGGGAGGGGAGCUGGGGCUGCCCAGCUGGACAAGAAUCAAUGGGGCUUUGUCACCCCUGCCCUUCUUGGGCACCACUUUUCCCCCAGAUUUUCACUUGCUUCUGUGCUGGGGGCUGCUCUGGGAGAAGCGCCUGUAUCCUCUAUCACCGCUCCCUACCAUGGGUUUGGCUCUGUCCCCCUCACCAGAUAACUCCCCAUCAUGUCUGGUUUUGCUGUUCCCCCUUGUUCCCUGCCCCAGGGCCCUGGGGCCAGGCAGUCAGUGCAAGCCUGCACGGUCUCUCCCCACCCCAAACAGCCCCAAACCACCUGGUGCUUGUGAGAGAAGGCCCCACCAUGGGAGUGCUCAGGGAACAAGUAUCCCUGGGCUCUGGGUACCCCUCAGGGGUGCCCCAGGGAUGCAGGUGCUCUUGUGCUGGCACUGAUGGGUGUUUGCACUGUCCCAGCGGAGGAGGAGAAUCCAUCCUUCUGGUACAGGCAGGCAGCUGCAGCCAUCGAAGCCUCCUUCAAUAUCCAGCCAAGGAUACACAAAGCCAAAAACCUCAUCAUUUUUCUUGGGGAUGGAUUCGGGGUCUCCACCAUCACAGCCACCCGCAUCCUCAAGGCACAGCAACAGGGGAAGCUCGGCCCUGAGACCCCUCUUGCUCUGGAUGCUUUCCCCUACAUGGCUCUGUCUAAGACCUACAAUGUGGACAGACAUGUCCCUGACAGCGCGGGGACAGGCACAGCCUAUCUCUGUGGGGUGAAGGGCAACUACAAGACCAUUGGGGUGAGUGCGGCCGCCCGCUACGGAGAGUGCAGCACCACAUUUGGCAACGAGGUGAUCUCAGUGAUGGAGCGAGCCCGCAGAGCUGGGAAGGCAGUGGGCAUCGUGACCACAACGCGGGUGCAGCACGCAUCACCCUCGGGAACCUACGCACACGUGGUGGACAGGAACUGGUACGCGGACGCCAGCAUGCCCCAGGAGGCGCGGCAGCAGGGCUGCAAGGACAUCGCCUGGCAGCUGGUCCACAACGUCGACAUCAACGUGAUCCUGGGUGGUGGUCGGAAAUACAUGACCCCCGCGGGGACACCGGACCCUGAGUACCCCGCUGACAGCAGCCAGAAUGGGAUACGCGAGGAUGGCAACAACCUCAUCGACAUGUGGCUGCAGGCACGGCCGGGUGCCCGCUAUGUCUGGAACAGGACAGAGAUGCUGGCAGCUGCUGCUGACCCCAACGUGCAUUAUUUGAUGGGUCUCUUUGAACCCGUGGACACAAAGUACAACUUGGUGCGUAACACCACCCUGGACCCGUCUCUCACCGAGAUGACAGAGGCAGCCAUCUCCGUCCUGAGCAGGAACCCCAAUGGCUUCUACCUCUUUGUGGAAGGUGGCAGAAUCGACCGUGGCCACCAUGAAGGUUCACCCCACAAGGCACUGACGGAGGCAGUGGAGUUUGACUGGGCCAUCGAGCGGGCAGGCACCAUGACAGACGAGGAUGACACCCUCACCGUCGUCACCGCUGACCACUCACACGUCUUCACCUUUGGGGGCUACACCCUGCGUGGCUCCUCCAUCUUUGCUCUGGGGCAAAAGAAAACUACUGACGGGAAGAACUACACAUCGAUCCUCUACGGGAAUGGGCCAGGAUAUCCCGACGGUAUACGGCCUAACGUGGACCCAGAAACAGCCAUGCAGUUUGAUUACCUGCCACAGGCGGCUGUGCCACUGGAGUCAGAGACCCAUGGUGGUGAGGACGUGGCCAUCCUGGCCAAGGGCCCCAUGGCCCACCUCUUCCACGGGGUGCAGGAGCAGACCUAUGUAGCCCAUGCCAUGGCCUACGCCGCCUGCAUCGAGCCCUACACUGACUGCCGCCAGCGGAACUCCGGCCCCGGCAUCCGCGGCAGCCCCCUGGCCCUGCUCCUGCCUGCCCUCCUUCUGCCCCUCUUCCGCUGAUGCCCUAGGGCACCCCAUGGACACACUCACGUUCCCCUCCCUCCCCACUGUGUAGCACCUGCAGGCAGCUUUCUGAAGCAUCGCUGCUCUGGAUGCAGCAGCCAUGGGGACACUGAAUCCCGGGCAGUGGGGGUUAAAUAAACACACAGUGUGACUCUG